GUUUGCUGCUUUUAGUUAGUCUCCCAGCUUGUUAAGGCUAGUUGGAUUUGAAGGGGUUUUAGGAACUUUGAAGACCAGCUUGACUUGACAAAGUGUAAGUGGUUUAAGUUGGUAAUCUUUUUCAGCAGGAUAAGUCUCUGUACGUCAGAGUGAGUUUACAGACUGUCCGAACUUGGGAGUUGUUGAAAUCCAAACAUCAUUUGCUGCAGACAGUGCUUGUUAAGCAAUGCCCUAUGGGUUUGCUGCUUUCCAGAACCAUGGCAUGGAUCUCUAGUGGCAAAACACAUAUAGAACUCAUCACUCACUUAAGAGAUCAUGAAGUUAUUCGCAGUGACAGAGUGUUUAAUGCCAUGCUUGCCACUGAUAGAGGGAUUUAUUCCAGAGACCACCCUUAUGCUGACUCUCCACAGUCCAUAGGAUACAAGGCUACAAUCAGUGCCCCUCAUAUGCAUGCACAUGCUCUGGAGGUCCUCAGUGACAAGUUAACAGAAGGAGCUUCAGCCUUGGAUGUGGGUUCAGGAAGUGGAUAUCUCACUGCAUGCUUUGCCAGAAUGGUAAGACCCUCUGGAAAAGUAGUGGGAAUUGACCACAUAGAUGAGCUGGUGCAAGCCUCUGUGAGAAAUGUCCAGGCGGAUGAUCCAAAAUUGCUUGCCUCUGGACUAAUUAAAUUAGUGGUGGGUGAUGGACGGUUGGGUUAUCCUGAUGAAGCCCCCUAUGAUGCUAUUCAUGUUGGAGCAGCUUCUCCUACACUCCCUAAAGCUCUCCUGGAACAGUUGAAACCAGGUGGGAGACUUAUUAUGCCUGUGGGCCCAGAGGGUGGAAACCAAGUUCUGGAGCAGUAUGACCGUCAAAGCGAUAGUACUUUCCUCAGGAAAGCACUGAUGGGUGUGAUUUACGUCCCACUGACAGACAAACACCACCAGUGGCCAAGUGAUGGGCUGUGAUUGCAGUAUAGAUGCCCCUGCAGGAGAUGGCGCUGGUGCUGUGGUUCAGAAAGCCCUUAGGGCUGAGGGACUGCGCUCAUCCCAUCUCCAUCUGCUGCCUAGCAACAUACUCUUCUAGAUCAUUCUGAUUCUUGACUUAAAACUGAAGUUCAAAUGAAGUAACUGUUAGAGGACUGAGGUGUCUCUUCACUUAAACUGUGUAAGCAAGAACUUCCAUAUCUAAGGCUUGUAAACUCUGAAUGCUUCAUAAGAGGGCGUGCUAUGCUUUAACAUACUAUACAGCAAGAAGCAACCACAAUAGAGUACAGUUAUAUGUGGAAAUGUAACUGCUACCAUGCUAACUUUUGAUGAAUUAUAUUGAUGUGACAUUACUAAGCUAAUGCCAAGGCUUAAAUAAAUUGGAAACAAAAAUACUUUUAGCGGUUGAAAUUAAAAAUGAGUUAAAAUAAAAGCUUAUUCUCUUUCUUUUGUAAUCUGUGCAAUAUAAAAAUAAGUUGCUGUUGUCUAAUCAAUUGUGUGAUUUUAAAUUUGAUUUUAAUGAAUCUACUUGUUAAAUGUACACAAUUAAAUGUAAACAUAAUAUAACGCCUUGUUUUUUUCUCAGAUUAAUAAAGUUCAGUAUACUAUGA